AUGUAUUUUGAGUACCAAGUACCGUUCUUAUUUUUAAAUUCGGUACGGUACCGCUACGAGAUCGGGAUUUGGGACAAACUGUUCAUCCCUUGUUUCUCUAUUGUGAGAAGUGAUGGAAAGAAGGGAGACUGGGAUGGAUCUGCCGGUGAUGAUGAACGGAGGUGCUUUGCGGUCAAUUUCGGAGAUGGCAUUGUCGAUUUCGAUGGUUGUUUCCCUCUUUCCCUAAUUAUCUUAUCGAUGCUCCUUCCUUCCCCGUCCCGACUGUCGCCUUACCCUAGUUAUCAACGCUCCUUCAUUCCUUCCUCACUUGCCUUCUUCUCUCUCUCUUCACCGUUUCCAUCUCCUUGCAUUUCGGGUCAUGUCUUCACAAAUUCGACGAAAAGAACUAGGGCUUUCAACCACAUCUCAGUAAACAGAGUCGAACCACCACUCAUCAAGGAUUCAAAGGGAAUUGCUCGAGCUCCAGUUAGGUUACCGAAGUUGCCAGUGGACAAAGUCCUAUCAGCACCACGUAGCACUUCAGUUUUAUAUCCAAAAACAGGAGGGAACCUCCAUUGCUUCACUGCCAUAACCUCUUAUUACCCCUACUCCAGUUUUGGAAGUGGAGAUGAUUUGAUUGAUGGAAAAGAAGAUGGAUAUGCAUGUGUAGAGGAGAUACAUGCAGCAGAUGAUCUAUAUAUGAGACAAGGCAUCUAUGCGAGACUGCCUAUUCGGAUAAUUGUUCCUCAACUUCAAGAUUAUGCUGUACGUGUGAUUCUUGUGCCAUCUAUACGCCAUGCACAUCAUGACUUGGUAUUUCCUCAGGUUACCAAGAUGUAA